GUUCUGUCAUUACUCCAAUGUGACUUCACCAUCACAACACAUACAUGUACAGGAAUAAUCUAGGGACACCACAUAAGAACACACUUCCAGCAAAUCACAUGUAGCAAGCAGCCAUGGCAGAAACUAGAGACUACGUUGGAGACUUCCUGACGGAAUUUAAGGAUGUGAUAAUUGUGAGAGCAACACGGGUCAGUGAAAUAGCAGAGGCGGUUAUUUCCCAAAGUCUAAUCCAUGAAUGGGCAGCUCAACAAGUGCUGGGUGCUCCAACCCAGCAGGAAGCGAUGCAGCUCCUGUUUGAGGCUCUGGAUAGAGAACCACCCCGACACAGAGUAUCCUUCCAUCUGAUCCUGAGAAUGACGGAACCUGAGCUGAUUCAUGAAUUAGAGGGGAUACAACGCAACAGCAAGCACACGCAAACAGAGGCAGGCAGUCCACACAGUUCUCCCAGAGAAAAAAGAAGACAUGAUGACAAAAACGGACAUGCAAGUGACAUCCAGAAGAGAAAAGACUCGCUGAAGAGACGAAGACUGGAAACAAUGCGUGCCAUCGAACAGAUAGAGAAACUCUGGGAAGGAACCAAGAAAGAAAGAAACGAGGUAGACAACAUGAGGCAGAGGAUUCAGAGACAGCAAGAUGAAAUAGCCAGGAUGACCAUGGAGAAAAGACAAUUUGAGAGAUGUAUUACUGACAUGAAAGAUGAGUUGGACUACACCCACGAAAGAAUGAGUCGGAGCAAAGAAGAGAUAGACAGAGAACAGGAAAGGAUAGAGAAAAUGAGAUCUGAUCUCCAAACAGAAAAAAUCACCCUGGAACAAAAGCGUGAUGAAAUCAUGAGGGAGAGACAGAAUUUGGAGAUGCUCAGAUACGAAGCUCUGAGAGAGAAGGAGGAGCUGGAGAGCAACCGUGAAAGCACAAAGUAUGAAAUAGAACGAAUGGAACAAACGAAAAGCACCAUACUGGUUCAGAUUAAUGAGAUAGAGAUGAAGAUUGAGGAAACAAAGCAGGCAAAAAGUCAGAUGGAGCACAUGAAGGUUGAAAUAGACGCGGAGAAAAAUGAGCUAGAGAGAAGAAAGGAUGAUAUCAAGAGACAAAGAGAACAAUUCGAGCAAAUUAAACUUGACAUACAGCAAGUGAAGGGGGAAAUGGAGCAAAGGUGGCAUGAAACAGAAAAGGAAGGGCUGGAACAGAGAACUACAAUCCAGAGAGAGAAAGAUGAGCUGAAAUAUUUGCAAGAUGAGAUUCAGAGAGCAAAAGAUGAGGUCGAAAGAAACCGAGCAGUGUCGAGGCAAGAGAACGAAAGACUGGGACAGCUAAGAGCUCAGGCACUUGAAGAAAAGGACCUCAUUGAGAAGAAAUGCCAAGAGGUGUUGAGAAAAGAGAAAGAUUUGGAAGAGUUGAAGCAUAAGGUUGAGACUGGCAGAGAGGAGUUAGUCAUGAAUGGAGAGCUGGUCAAAAAGGAAUGGGAGAAGAUAGAACAGUCCAAGUUAGACAUACAAGCUCAAAUCAACUCGAUGGAAGCCAGGGUUGAGGAUACAAAAAGAGAAACCGAAAGACUGAAGUAUAUAAAAACGGAGAUGCAGAGGGAAAAGGAGAUUCUUGAGAAACAAAGGGAUGAUACAAGGAGAGCUAAAGAGGAAAUGGAGAAAAAGAGAUAUGAAAUAGUUACAGAGGAGUUAGAGCACAGAGCUGGACUUCAGAGAGAAAGAGAUGAUCUGCAGAGGUUGAGAGUACAGAUACAAAUAGCCAGUGAUAUACAAAAAGCAAAGAUUCUAAAAGAGAAGGAAGAAAGCAUUCAGAUGAGAGAUGAGGCCAGACGAGACGUGGAAAGGACAGAAAGAAUCAAAGCAGAGACAGAGGCUGAAAAAGACCAUUUAUGUAGACGACAAGAUGAAAUACUGAGGGAGAGACAGGAGCUCGAGAGAAUUAGACAUGAGAUCAUCAGAGCCAAAGAGGAGAUUGAGAAUAGCCAGGAGGUCACAAUGCGGGAAAAUGAGAAAAUGGAAAAAAUGAAAGCUGAAAUUCAAGGGCAAAAUGAAGAUAUUGAGAAAAGUGUUGCAGAGACCCAAAAGGCAAAGGAGAAAAUUGAGGAGAUGAAGGCUGAGUUAGAGGAGGAGAGGGAGGAGUUGGAAAGAAAGAGAGAAAUGGUGAGAAGUGAGAUAGAAGAGUGCGAGUUUAUUAGAGGUGAAAUCGUCAGGGUAAAGGAGGAAAUGGAGAGUAGGUGGCAGGAAACAGAGAGAGAGGAAGUAGAACUUCGAGUAAAAACCCAGCAUGAUAUGGAAAGAUUGGAACAACUAAGAGAAGAGAUCCAGAGAUCGCAACAAAAUAUUGAGGAGAGUCGGAUGGAGCUACUGCAGUGGAAAGGGAAUCUUGACAAAAUGAAAGUUCAGACAGAGGAGGAAAGUGAGGCUGUGAAUAUAAAGAUGGCUGAAGCUACAGCAAAACAAGAGGAGAUAGCAAAAAUAAUAGAAACGGUGGAGAAAGAGAGAGAAGAGAUUCAGAAAAACAGAGAUAAGGCUAAGCAAGAAGCAGAUGAAAUCAAAAACUUAAGGGCUGAAAUAGAAAACCAGAUCAUGGCAGCAAAACAAGAAAAAGAAGAGGCGAGUCAAGCCAAACUCGAAGUCCAGGAGGCUGAACUAAUCUUAAGAAAGCAAAUAGAAGAUUUAGAAAAAAGAAAGUAUGAAACUAUAACAGAGACACUGGAGCAGAGAAAUGAAAUACAUAAAAAAGCAGAUGAGUUAGAGCAACUGAAUACAGAGAUACAAAGAACCAAACUUGAGCUUGAAGAGAUGAGAUAUUCUGAAAAACACUCUUUGCAGAAGAUGCUGGAGGAAGCAAAGCUAGACAGAGAAAUGAUAGAGCAAAUGAAAACAGUUCUGCAGAAAGAGAAGGAGAAUCAGGAGAAACAUUCUGCUGAGAUAGACUUAGAAAGUGCAGAGCUCAAACAGACUCAGUUUCAGGUCCAGAAUGAGAAGAAUGAUGUUGAGAAAAUAAGGUAUGAGGUGAUGAGACAUAAUGUCGAACAAAGUGCUCAGUUGGAGAGACAAAGAGAAGAACUUGAGUCAAUCACACAGCAGCUAGUUAGAGAUAAAGAAACCAUAAACGAGACCAAAGAGUUGGCACAACAAGACAGAGAGAAAGCUGAGCUUCUCAUGAACGAGAUCCAGAAACAGAGAGAGGAUCUCAAUAAAAGGUUGGAGGAGACAAAGCGAGCAGAGGACACUUUGAGACGUAUGAGAGAGGACAUGGAGCAUGAUAGAGUAGAUCUGGAGAAGAUCCGCGUGGAUACGUAUGAGGAAGUCAAGAAUGAGAUUAACAGAGUGAGGGCUGAGAUUGAGAGAUUGUGGGAUGAGGCUGAAAAUGGAGAACAGGAGGAACGAGAGAAAAUAAACAGGGAGAAAGAGGAGAUGAUGAUGAAAAUGGAGGCGAUGAAGAAGGAGAUGGUGGAGAUCGAAGACAUGAAGGUGGAGCUUAAGAAACAGAAGGACGACAUUGACGUAAAUAUGGAAAAGGCGAGGACGGAAAUAACUAAACUGGAAACGAUGAAAGCAGACCUGCAAAGACAGAAGGACGAGAUUGAGAACAAGAUGGCCGAAGCAAAGAACGAAAGGGAUCAGAUGGAACUGAUGAGGGCAGAGAUCUUGAAACAAAAAGAGGAUGUUGAACAAAAAGUGGAGCUAGCCAAAGCAGAGAUGGACAAAAUGCAGCGAGUCAAAGAUGAAAUACAAAGACAAAGACAGGAGCUGGAGGAAAGGAUGCAAAGGACCAAACGUGAGAUUGGAGAAAUGGAGCUGAUCAAAAGAGAAAUGGCGGGGAAGAAGAGAGAACUUGACCAACGGAUGAAACUCACCAUGAGAAAGAAAGACGAGAUGGAACGACUGAAGUUGGACAUACAAAAAGCGAAAGAAGACAUGGAACGUAAAAGGAUGGAGACACAGAGGCAGAAGUAUGAAAUGGAACAGGUCAAAGCUGAAAUCCAAAGAGCGAGAGAGGAGUUUGAAUUUAGGAUGGAGGAGAGAGAUUCAGAAGCGGAAAAAGAACAGACGAACCUCACACUAAUCAACCUGAUACAACAGAUCGAGGCAACGAGAGAAAUGGUGAGAAAUACCAAAUGUCAGAUCGAACACAGGAUGGCGGGGAGUCAGAUGGAGACAGCAGACCAGGACGAGAUGAAUGCUGAGAUGCAGAGGCUCAUUUUGGAGAUAGAACACAUUCGAGAAAUGCUGCGAGGUCUUACAAAAGAGGUGGAGCAAAACAAGGAAAUAAUGAAGAGGGAUAAGGAGGAGAUGAGGCUGCUGAAGUUUGAAGUUCAAAGAAGGAAAAGAGAAAUAGAGUACAGGGAAGAAAAAAUACUGAGGGAACGAGAUGAAGAUGAACUGUUGAGGUCUAUGAUUCAGAGACAAAGAGAUGAGCUGGAGAGGAGGUUGGAGGAGAUCAUUAAAGAGAAUGAUACGGUGGAGCAGAUGAAAGAGGGUGCGGAAAAGACAUUGAAGAACAUAGAACAGGCAAAAGAAGAAAUAAAGAAAAAGAAAGAACAGAUUGCUCGAGAAAAGGCAGGAAAAGACAAGAUUCAACCAGCCAUCACCACAGUCGAAAGCCAAGAGGACACAACAACAGAAGAACUGGGGGGUAUAAAAGCAUUCACAUCAGAUGACCGUGAACCCAACUUGACUGAUAUACAGAAAGAAAGAACAGAACUAGAACAGUAUAAAGAAAUAAUUUUAAUAGAGAAACAUGAACUAGAGAAGACAAAAGAUGAGUUUGAAGAGCAGAUGUCCAAACUACGAAAGGAAGAAAAAGAGAUGGAAAAAAAACGAGCCAAUCUAGAAAACUGGGAGAAAAAACUGCAAUCAGAAAAUGAAGAGAACAAAAGAAACUUAGAUACAAUAUGGAAAGAGAAGCAAGAUUUGAAUCAAAGAAAACAAGAACUGGGUGGUAUUAAAGUAAAUAUACAGAGAGAGAAAUAUGAAUGGACAAGAAUGAAAGAGACUAGACAAGUUGAUGUUCAAGUCCAAACUGAUGUGCCAUAUGGUGUACAUGAACCACAAAUAAAAGAGACUGUUGAAACUCAAGAAUAUUAUGUCAUUUUGGCCACGGAGAAGCUGCAUAAAGAGCAACAAGCUCUAGGAGAUAUCAGAGAAGACAUAAUUGCACAAAAACGUUCAAUAGAGAGACAAGUGGCAGAAUUAAGACUGAGAGAGGAUGAACUUUUGCAUAGAAAAGCUACACUAAAAUCCGCUUCUAAAACAGCAGCAGAUGCACAGAUAGAACUAGAGCUGCAAAUACAAGAGCUGGGUCGUAUAAAAGAUGCCCUCGGCAGAGAACAAGAUGAGCUGGAGAAGAAAAAGAUAAAUAUACAGAAAGGAUGGGAUGACCUACAAACUCAAGUUUUAAGAAAUAGAGAAAAAGAGGAGAUCAUAACAAUACAAUUAGAAAAAGAAAGAGAUGUCCUAAAUCAAAUUAAACUGAAUAUAGAAAAGCAGAAGCAAACCAUGGAGGCUGAUCUAAAAGCCAGUUUGGUAAGAGAUCUAGAGGACAUAGAUUCUCAAAGGCAAAUGGUUGACAAAGAAAAGAGAAGAUUGGACAACAUGAAAUUUGAGCUACAAAGACAAUCCGAUGAUAUUCAGAGAUUAAAACAAGAGACACAGGAAGAACAGCAGAUGGUGAAACAAAUGGCAGAGCAGCUUAAACAAGAGAAGGAGAAUCUUGUAGAUCUUACAGAAGAGAAAAACAGAAGGGCUGAGAUCUUAGAGAAACUGCAGCUUGAAAUAGAUAAGCAAAGACAGGAAAUACAAAAUGAAAAAGACAUGUUAGAAAAGCAAAGGUGUGACAUCGAAAAAAUACAAGCACAUAUAGAAAAUGAAAAGAAGUAUGUCGAAAACCUGAGAGAAAAGAAUGAGUUUACAUUAAAGGAGAUCAAAACAGAACGAGACGCUCUAGAGAAGAUGCAGGAAAACAUUUCAAAACAAAUGGAUGCCAUUGAGAACGAAACAAGAGAAACUGAGCAAAGAGAAACAAGCCUGCACCGAAUGCCGACCGAACUAAAGAAACAACAAAAUGAGAUUGAAGACUUGAAGAACAUUAUCUCCAUACAAAACAGUGAGCUUGAGAAAAGCAGAGCAGAAAUAGCAGAGAAGCAGAAAAAAGAAGAUGACAUCAUGGAAAUCACACAAAAUGAAAGGGACAAUCUUGACAGAGAGAGAGCUGCUUUAAUGAACCACAAAGAUCAAAUAGAGCGCAAUAUGAGAGAUGCAUUAAACAAAGAACUUGAAACUGUGGAACUUAUAAAAAAAGAGUUACUAGAUGAGAAGCAACUUAUUGAGAGCUGCAGAAUAACUUUAAGGAGAGAUAUAGAAGAUCUGGAACAAAAGAAAAUCGAUUUGAAGAGGGAGACUGAUGAGAUAAAAUUACAGAGACAAAGUAUCAAGGAUGAGAGAGGAAAGAUGGAGAACAUUAAAACUGUCCUGCAAAGAGCAGCUGAAGAUACUGAAAAGCUUAGACAAGAUACAAUAGCUGAAAGAAAGAAACUCGAGAAGACUGCAGCAGAACUUCAAAAAGAAAGAGAUGUCAUUGUCAGUCUUGUAGAAGAGACUAGGAGAAAAAGAGAAGAACUAGACAGAAUGCAAGCUGAUAUAGAACAGCAGACAAAAGAAGCCGAGAUGCUGAAGGAAAUGAAGGCCGACCUGCAAAAAGAAGCAGGUAAGAUUGAAAAUAUAAGGCGAGCUGUUCAGAGUGACAUACAGAAAGUGAAAGACAUGGAAAACCAACUUCAAAAUGACAGACGUAACACUGAUAGACUUGUUGAGGAGAUUGAAAGAAGGUCUGAAGCAAUGGAUGAGAUACAAGCAGAGAUUCAAAAAGAGAGGUGGGCAAUUCAGUCUGAAAAAGAUAUGCUAGAACAGGAACAGUCUGAACUGGAAAUAACAAAGGCAGAGAUGUCUAGGCUUAAAGAUCUUGAAGAACAACUUGUUAAGCAAAAAGAAGCAAACAAUAUUACACUGGCAGAGAUUCAUAGCGAAAGAGAGAAACUUGAGGAGAUUAAAGAAACCAUCUCAAAACAAAGACAAAGUCUUGAAGAUGAGAAAGAAGCAAUAAGACUGAGGGGAAAUGAACUACAACAAAAAGAAGCAGAGAAUGAAAACCAACUAAAAGAAACCGAUGACUCGAAGAACCGUUUGAGGGUAGAAAAGAGACAAGUUGAGAGGUUGCAAAUUACAAUAGAUGAAUCUCAGAAAUAUUCAGAUGAGGAGAGACAAGAAAUGGAGAAAAACUUGAGAGAAGAGUUUAAAAGGAACUAUGAAGAUCUGGAGCUCCAAAGGAAAAGGUUAACUGAACAAAAUGAAUUAUUUAAGAGCCAAAUUAAAUCACUGGAAAUGCAAAGAGAAGAAAUUGAGCAGAAGAAAGCAAAACUGCUCGAUGAAUUGAAAAACGUACUCUUUCAGAGGCAAUCUUUUGAGAGAGAUAUGCAGCAGAUGAGAGCUGAGCUUCAAAAAGAGGCUGAAGAAAUUGAAAAAUUAAAGAAAGAGUUGCUGGAUGAAAAACAGAAAAUAAAAGACAUGGCAGACCAAACUAAAAAAAAAGAAGUUGAAAGAAAAGAGGUCAUUGAUAGGAUGUACCUAGCACUCGAAAAACAAAAUCAAGCUAUUGAGACUGAAAAACACAUACUAGAAAAACAGAAGUCGGAAUUGGAGAAAACCAAAACAGAGAUGGAUAGAGCAAAAGAAGAUCAAGAAACUGAACGAAAGUCUCUUGAAGAAAUGAAGAUCAACAUCACACAACAGAAAAAUGAUAUUCACACAGAGAAAAAUGAGUUACGAGUUAAAGAAAAUGAACUGAAUAUGUGCACCUUACAAAUGUAUGAAGAACAACAAAAAUUUGAAGAGAUUCAGAAGGAAAUCAUGAGAGACAGGGACAUAUUUGAGAAAGAGAAAACUACAAUCAUGGAGGAAAGACAAAUUGUGAAUGACAUGCAAAUGCAACUGAAGAGGGAAAAUGAAACAGUGGAGCUGAUGAAACAAGAUGUUCUCAGAGAAAAAGAAACAAUUGAAAAGAACAAGACAAUAUUGAACAGAGAUUUGAAGGACAUAAGAGAAGAGAAGAGAAGCAUCUUGGCACAGUUUGAAACCUUACACAUUCAGAAGCAAACUGUUGACAAAGAAAAGCAGGAAUUGCAAGGGAUGAAAGCUGAGCUCUUGAAAGAAACUGAAAUGAUUGAGAAAAUGAAGCAGGAGAUUAAUAAUGAUAGGAGAAGUGCUGUCAUAAUGGCAAACAAACUACAAAAAGAAAAAGAAAAUAUUGAGACGAGUGUCGCAAGGAUCAGAGGAGAGGAAGCAGAUUUAAGAAAACAAAGAGAAAUACUUGAAUCUGAUAAAGACAUUCUAGUAAAAGAACUGGAGAGAACAAAGACAGAGACUGCAAAAGCCAAAGGAGAUCUUGAGAAGCAGCUUGAAUCUCAGAAAGAAAAGAAUGCAAUUACAUUGGCAGAAAUACAGAAAGAGAGUGACAGACUUGAGCAGCUGAAGGUGGACGUCUCAAGAGAACAAGAUGAAUUAGAAAAACAUAAGGAACAAGUAGGACACAAACAAACAGCGCUGCAAAGACUGCAGAUGGAAAUAAAGCAACAACAAACAGAGAUAGAUGAACAGAAGAUUAUUAUUGCUAUGGAGAAAAGCAAACUCAAAGACAUACAGGCCCAAAUAUAUCAAGAGAAAAAAGAGGCAGAUGAUACAAAGGAACAUUUAAGGAAGGAAAAGGGUGAUUUUGAGAAGGAAAAAGCUGAAAUAAUGACUCAGAUGGAGAUAGAUUUUAGGAAUGAGUUAAAAAAGGAGAGUGAAAAGUUAGAUCUGCUACGAAAGGAGCUUUGUCAUGAAAAGGAAGUAAUUGAAAACAGCAUGAAAAAGAUGGAAAGCGAUAUGGAUGAUUUAGAGCAAAUUAAGCUUGAUAUAGUUAAACAGGUAGAGAGCAUUACGCUAAAAAAUCUGAUGAUUGAAGAUGAGAAAAACAAGUUAGAGCAGGAAAAAGAUGAGCUAAAAAGAGAAGCCGAUGAGAUUGAGAAAAUGAAACUAGAGGCACAAAUAGAAAGACAGAAGCUUGAAGAAACAGAAACCAAACUUAAAAAUGACAGAGAAUAUGUGAACAGAUUGACUGAGCAAAUUGAGAAGAAAAACGUGGAUCUACAAAACAUGUAUCAUGAAAUAGAAAUGCAGAGGAAAGCGAAUGAGACCAAUAAACACAUGCAAGAGAGAGCUCUGCUGGAGCUGAAGAAAACGUUGACAGAAAUAAGCAAAGCAAAGGAGGAUCUCGAAAACCAGCUUGCUCAAGAAAGAGAGAAGAACAAGAUCACAAUUGCAGAAAUCCAGAAAGAAAGAGACAUGCUUCAUCUACUGAAAGACAGUAUUUCAGAACAACAGGAUGACAUUGCAAAUGACCAGGAAAAAAUUACACUCAAGGAAAAUGAACUGAAAGAACGCCAAGCUCUGAUUUACAGACAGCAAGAAGAAAUAGAGUCCAUGAGGAAAACAAUGACAAUGGAAAAAGAUAGGAUUGUAGAAAAGCAAAUUGAUAUUGAUCAAAAACAGAGAAAGCAGAAUGAAAUCAUGGAAUCUGUGACAGUUGAAAAGGCCAAUCUUGAAAAAGAGAAGUCUGAAAUGAUGGCACAACAACUUCAACUGGAGACUGAAAUGGAAAAUGUGAAGCUCUUGAUCGGUGAAAUAAACAAAGAAAAAGAAUUAAUUGAGAUAAAGAAACAAAUGCUAAAAGCAGAUGCAACUGAUGUGGAAGAAAAAAGAGCAGCUUUAGAAAGAGAGAUAAAUAAUCUGGAAAAUCAGAAACAAGCUGUUCAAGAUGAUUUACAGAAGAUGAAGAUCGAGUUCCAAAAAGAAACUGAUGGUAUCAGAAAGAUAAAAAAAGAUGCACAGAAUGAAAGAAAGAACUUAGAGAAGAUGUCUGCACAACUUCAGAAAGAGAGAGAUGAUAUUGUCAUGCUCACUGAAGAGACAACGAGAAAGAAUGAGAUUCUGAAUGAAAUGCAAGCUGCACACGAGUCUGCACUGGAAGAUCUACAUAGGGAAAAAAACACUCUUGAGCAAAUGAGAGUGAACAUCUGGAAAGAAAAAGACCAUGUUGAAAAUGAGAAAGAAAAUAUAAGACUCAGAAAAGAUGAACUAGAGAAACUGAGAGAAGAGAUUUAUGAUGAACAAAGUGAAAUGGAAAACCUCAAACAAAUCAUCACUACUGACCAAAAACUGCUGAAGAACGAUAUGAAAGAUCUAGAAGAAAAAAGAGCCAAUAUUGACAAAGAUUUGGAGAGUUUCAAACUUGAGAGGGAAUCUAAUGAGAACGAGAAGAAAGUGAUGGAACAGGAAAAAACUGAGAUGCAAAGUGAGAUUGAGAAGUUAAAACAAGAAACCCAAAAUGAAAGACAGAAAAUGGAGGAAAUGACAGCUCAGCUCAUAAAAGAAAAAGAUGAAAUCAAUAAUCUUGUGAAGGAAACAAACAGAAAACAAAUGGUCUUAGAUGAAAUGAACACUAAUAUUGAAGAGAAAAUGAAAAUCAUUGAAUGUGAUAAAGACAAGCUUGACAAAGAACUAAAAGGUUUAGAGAAAACUAAAAAAGAAAUUGCAAGAGUCAAAGAUGAUCUUGAAAAGCAACUUGCAGAGCAAACAGAAAAGAAUAAGAUCGCACUGUCAGAGAUACAGGAAGAAAGAGACACUCUAGAGGAGAUGAGUGUGAACAUCACAAGACAAAUGAAAACUCAAGAGGAACAAAUCAAACAAAAACAAAAUGAAUUUGAGCAACUACAAGCUGUAAUUCUGAAUCAGCAAAGAGAAAUAGAUGAUGACAGAGACAGCAUAAUGAAGAAAAGAAGUCAGGUUGAUCUAAGACAGCUUGAGCUAGAUAAACAACAGACAGAAGUGAAUGACAUUAUAGAAUCGAUGAGGACUGAGAGAAGCCAAUUGGAUAAAGAUAAAGAAGCGCUGAAAGAACAGAAACAGAUAAUAGAGAAAAAUCUGAGAGAUGUACUCAAGACAGAAACUGAGAACUUGGAGCUUCUAAAGCAAGACUUACUAAGAGAAAGAGAAUUGCUGAAGAAAGACAGAGAUGAUGUCGAACAGAGCAGGCAGAGUUUAGCUGAAGACAUAAAGAUGCUAACACUUCAGAAACAAAUAUUUGAAGAUGAGAAGAACAAGUUAGAACAGAUUAAGAGUGAGCUGCAAAGAGACGCUGGUGAGAUUGAGAAGCUGAAACUAGGGACACAACAUGAAAGACAGAAGGUGGAGGAAAUGACUGCACAACUACAGAAAGAGAGAGAUGAUAUUGUCAUGCUCACUGAAGAGACAAAGAGAAAGAAUGAGACUCUGAAUGAAAUGCAAGCUGCACACGAGUCUGCACUGGAUGACAUACAAAGAGAGAAAAACACUCUCAAGCAAAUGAGAGUGAACAUCUCCAAACAAAGGGAAGACAUUGAAAAUGAGAAAGAAAAUAUAAGACUCAGACAAGAUAAACUAGAAGAAAAAAGAGCCAACAUUGACAAAGAUUUGGAGAGUUUCAAACUUGAAAGAGAAGCUUUUGAGAAUGAGAAGAAACUGAUAGAACAGAUAAAAACUAACAUGAAAAAAGAAACACAUGAGAUUGAGAAGUUAAAACAAGAAACCCAAAAUGAUAGACAGAAGAUAGAGGAAAUGACAGCUCAGAUCCAAAUAGAGAGAGGUUACAUCAAUAAUCUUGUGGAAGAAACAGAGAGAAAACAAAUGGUUCUGGAUGAAAUUAAUACUGACAUUGAAGAGAAAAUAAAAGUCAUUCAAUGUGAUAGAGACAUGCUUGAGAAAGAAAAACAUGACUUGGAGGAAACUAAAAAAGAAAUUGCAAGAGCCAAAAAGGAUAUUGAAAAGCAACUUGCAGAGCAAAGAGAAAAGAAUGGGAUCACACUGUCAGAGAUGCAGAAAGAAAGAGACACUCUAGAGGAGAUAAAUGUGAACAUCACAAGACAAAUACAUGGCAUGAAAAAUCAAGAGGAACAAUUAAAACAAAAACAAAAUGAACUUGAGCAACUACAAGCUGAAAUUCUGAAUCAGCAAAGAGAAAUAAAUCAUGACAGAGCCAGUAUAAUAAAGGAAAGAAGUCAGCUUAAACUUAGACAGCUUGAGCUAGAUAAACAACAGACAGAAGUGAAUGACAUUAUGGAAUCAAUGAGAAAUGAAGGAAGCCAACUGAAUAAAGAUAAAGAAGAGGUGGAAGAAGAGAAGCUGAAAAUGGAGAAAAAUCUCAGAGAUUCUCUCAAGACUGAGACUGACAACUUGGAGCUUCUAAAGCAAGACUUACUAAGAGAAAGAGAAUUAAUUGAAAGUAACAAAACCUUGCUCCAGGAAGAAAGAUAUUAUGUAGACCAAAGCAGAAUGAAUCUAGCUCAAGAGUUAGAGAUGAUAUCACUUCAGAAACAAAUUUUUGAAGACCAGAAAAACAAAUUAACACAGACGGAGUUAGAUCUGCAAAGACAAGCUGAUGAUAUCAAAAAGCAUAAAGGAGAAAUGCUAAAUGAAAGACAAAACUUGGAAGAAAUGGCCGCACAACUUCAAAAAGAGAGAGAUGAUAUUGUAGAAUUCACAAUUAAUGAAAGAAAGAGUGUUGAACGUGAAAGAGCGUCAGUGGUCAGGGAAAAACAGAACAUGAUGGAUGAACUGAAAAAGAAGAGUGAAAAUCUUGAUCUCCACAUGAAAGAUGUAAUGACUGAAAAGAAAUCACUGGAAAAUGACAGGCAAAUGUUGACAAGAAAAGUAGAAGAUCUACAACAAAAAAGAGCUCAUGCAGACAGAUAUUUAGAGAGCCUCAAACUUGAGAGAGAAGCUUUUGAGAAUGAGAAGGAAGUGAUGGAACAGAUGAAAACUGAGAUGCACAGAGAAGCACAUGAGAUUGAGAAGUUAAAACUGGAGAUGCAACAUGGGAGACAAAAGGUGGAAGAAAUAGCAGCUCAACUUCAAAAAGAGAGAGAAACUAUCAAACAUCUAACUGAGGAAACAAAAAGAAAGAGAGACGUAUUGGAUUACACCCAUAUUGAAAUACAAAAGCAACAACAAGCAGUUGAGCUUGAUAAAGAUUUACUACAAAGGCAAAGGUCUGAAGAUGAACAGAAGAAAGUGGAGAUGUCUCGCGCUGAGGAAGAUCUUGAAAAACAGCAUGCACAAAAUGAGAUCACACUGAAAGAGAUAAAGCAAGAGAGAAACAUUCUUGAGCAGAUAAGAGAGAAAAUAUCAAGAGAAAGUUUGAACAUUGACCAAGAAAGGGAGAAGUUAAGGAUGGAGAAGGAUGAACUUCAGAGAAUGAAAGAAAAAAAUGUAAAACAACAACAAGAACUAAAUCAGCUGGAAAUAGAAGACAGUCUUCCUGGGAAGACAGCGGCUGUGCUGGUUCUUCAACAGAGUGAAGUGGAGGCAGCAAAGGCAGUUUAUGAUCCUGAUAGACAAGGAGCCACGAUGGAGCUAAUGCAGGAAACUGACCUCAUUUUGAAGGAUGCAUCAAGCACAGACACUGAAAGACAAAAACGCGGCUCACUUGAUAGCAAGUAUGACUUAGAGAAGCAGUUUGUUGAAGAAGAGAGGGCCAGGUUGGAACAUAUGAGAGCUACCAUACAAAGAGAAGCCGAUCACAUUGAACAGCAAAAGCAGAAUGUUCAGAAUGAAAAACAGACUCUAGACGAAAUGAAAGCUCAAUUUCAAGAAGAGAGGAGGAGCAUUGAGCAUCUCAGUGAGGAGAUAAAUAUGAAGAAAUACAAUCAACAAAGACAAGCAGAUGAGUGUGAAAUGGAGAAGGCUAAUCUUGAAAACACCAAAACUGAAAUUGCUAAAGCACUUGAAUGUCUUGCAGAAGAAAGUCGAAAGAAUGAGAUGACAAUGGCAGAGAUACAGAAGCAAAAGGACACUCUUGGGGAAAUGAGGGGGAACAUCUCACAACAAAUGGAGACGAUUACAAACAAACACCAAAAUCUGUCACGCAGAGAAAGUGAACUCGCACAACUGCAGGAAGAUGUUCUUAAACAACAACAGGACAUGGAUGAACUGAAGAACACCAUCAUGAUGGAAAUAGAUCUGCUUGACCAAAGACAGACCGACAUUGAUCAUUUACAGAGAGAGGUCGAUGAGCUCAUGGACUUCACAAAGACAGAAAUGGCCAACACUGAAAAAGAAAGAGUUGAACUGAUGGAACAAAAGAGAAAUACGAAGAGUGACAUGGCCAUUCUAGAAACAGAGAAGGAGAAUAACAAACAACUGAAAAUAAAGUUACUUGAGGAAAAACAUAUCAUUGACAAAAACAGAGAGCUGGUGGCCAGUGAUCUGGAAAUUAUGGAGACACAGAAGGCACUUAUAGAAAAUGAAUUUGAGAAGAUAAAAAUGGAGAAACAAAUAAUUGAAAAUGAGAAGGAAGAGCUACAGAAAACGAAAACUGUCCUUCAAAGACAAACUGAAGAUAUUGAGAAACUAACUGAGGAAACAAAGAAAGAAACAUUGCAGCUUACAGAGAUGACAGUCCAACCACAAAAACAAACAGAUGAAAUUAGUCCUGUUGAACAGAUAAGUAAAGAGAUCCCAGAUGGAACAUAUGAUGAGAUAGAAAAGCAAAGGAAAGCAAUUCAGGCUGACAAAGACCUGCUUCAAGAAGAAAAAUCUCAGCCGGAGAAAACCAUGGAAGAAAUACACAAAGCCAUGGAAGAUCUAGAUAGAAGAAGAGAUGAGAUACUGAGUGAGAAAGAAAUUCUUCAGCAGAUGAAUACAAAUAACAUGCAACAAAUAGCUUAUAUUGAAAACGAGAGGGAAAUUAUAAGACACAAAGAAAAUAAACUACAUCAAGUGAGAAUGGAACUUGAAGAUCAACAAAAUGAAAUGGAUGACAUUAAAAACAAUAUAACGCUGGAAAGAAUCAAUAUGGAACACAUGGAACAAAAAAGAGCAAAGUUAAUUAGAGAUUUAGAAAACUUCAGAAUCCAAAAAGAAGCUUUUGAGAAUGAGAAAGAUGAGGUGCAAAAAGAGAAAGAAGAUAUGGAAAAGUUAAAGCUAGAAAUUCAGAGAGAGUUGGAAAAAGAGAGACAACGUCUAGCUGAAGAGACCAAAAUGAAAAGCAACAUCCUGGAUACAAUUCAAGCUGAGACAGAAAGACAAAAACAAGUCACUGCUGCAGACAAAGGGAUGAUUAUAAAAGAAUGGUUGGAUCUGGAAAAAGCCAAAGAAGAUUUUAACAGACAAUGUGUUAUCCAAUCUGAGAAGAACGACACCACACGGACAGAGCAACAAAAAGAGAGAGAAACUCUUGAUCAAAUGAAUUUGGAGAUCUUAAGACAACAGCUAGAUCUUGAUAGCGAGAGGGCUGAGCUGUUGGAGCAGAGACAGCAGAUGGAGAUUAAUUUGAGGGCAACGCUAAAGAAAGACAUGGAGAAUGUGGAGCAGCUUAAGAACGAGCUUGUGGAUGAGAAGGAAAUGACGGAGAAAACCAGAAAGCAGCUGAAAGAAGGAAUAGAUUAUACUGAGCAAAAGGAAUCAAAUCUGGACAAAGAACUAGAAGCGAUAAAAUUCCAACAAAACACUAUGCAAGAUGAAAGAGAUAAACUAGAGCAAAUGAAAGCUGAGCUUCAAAUGAAGGCUGAGGACAUGGAAAAGUCAAUGGAGGAAAUACUGAGUGAGAGGGAGAAAGAUGCAUUUCAAAUGAAGUCAGAUGAGAGCAAACUAAGAACAGAUAUUGAUAAAGCAAAUACCAAGAUACAACAACAAAAGGAUGAGUUGGAAAGCUAUGCCACUGAGCUGGAAAAAUCUAGACUAGAUCUAGAGGAGGCAAGAGCUGAGAUAGAAAAAGUCAGACAUGAUGCUUCACGACAGGUAACACAACAGAUGGAGGAUGUACAAAAAGAAAAAGAUAAUGUUGAGGAUGUCAAAAAGACUUUGCUUAAACAGGAAGAUGCCAUUGAAAAGGAAAAGAAAGAAAUAACAGUGAAGUUUGAUGAACUACAACUUCUCCUGGCAGAAAUAGAGAAACAGAAAGAAGAGAUGAAAAAACUGAGAGAUAAAGCAGGGCAAGAAAUCCAAGAUGAGCAAAGGAAGCUAGAGAUGCAAGCAGUGGAACAGAGUCAACAGAUGGAUGAGUUGCAAAGGGAGAUGGACAAAAUCAAUGCUCUAAAAGCUGAAAUAGCACUAGAAAGAGAAGUAAAUGAAGAAAAGUUGAGAGAGAUUAAAAAGGAAAUGGUUAAAUACGAGCAGAUCAGAUCAAAUAUUCUAUCUGAAAAAGAAGAGAUUGAGACUAAAAAGCAAUCAGAGAUGGAUGAACCUAUUGCAACGAGAGCUGAAAUACUAAAACAGAAAGAAGAAUUAGAAGAGAAGAUGCAGAAGACUAAACGUGAGAUGGAAGAACUUCAGAUUCUCAGGGAUGAAACUGACAGCAAGAAGAAAGAUCUUGAUCAAAGUAUGAGACAGGCAGCAAGAAAGAGAAGUGCAAGUGAGAAACUUGACAUGGAGAGGGUCAUGUUAAGUGUAGAGCGAAAUGAGGUAGAAUGUAUGAAAGCUGAGAUCCAAAGAGCAAGAGAGGAAAGACCAUCUCAAAUGGAAGCAAGAGGUGAAGAUUUGGAGGAGAAAGAGUUACAGAAGCUUCUUCAGGACGUUGAAAAGACUGGAGAAAAGGCUCAGAGAACAAGACAUGAUCUAGAACAAAGAAUGGAGAGAGAUGUUGGAGUGGAUGUUGAGGAAAGGCAAGAAAUAAGGGCCUACAUGCAGAGGCUGAUUGAGGAAAUUGAGCAUGUUAGAGAGGUUCUGAGAAGAAUGAAAGAUGAAGUCAAAGCCACUAGAGAGGAGAGACUUGAAUUGGAGAACAUGAAGCUGGAGUUUGAAGCUAUGAAGCAAAGAAUGAAAGACAGUUAUGAUCAGCAGAGAACUGAAACAGAACAUGAAAGGCAGCAGAUAGAGAGCAGCAAAGACCUGCUGAGUAAAGAGAGAAUUGAUCUUCAAAAAAACAAAGCUUCUUUAGAGAGACAAAAACAAGAAAUGACGUUGGAGAAACAAAAACUAAUUGAUGAAAGUGAACUACUUGAAAAAGUAAAAGCUGACGUGCAGAAAAAGUCAGAGAUUCUAGAAAGGCUUCUAGAGGAGGCAACUAGAGAGAAAGCAGAAGCAGUACGGAGGAAAAUGGAAACAUUGAGUAUGGAUGAAGCACAAGAUGUUACCACUGAUAAGAAUGAACGAAAGGCAGAAGAAGUUAAGAGACAAACAGAAAAACUAAUAGAGAUGAAGGCAGAGUUGCUUCGACAGCAGGUAGAACUUGAGAAGACCAAAUCAGACAUUAUACAUCAGAAGGAAGAGUUGGAAAAAAUAAGAUCUGACAUUUUAAAACAUCAAAUGUACACCGAAAAGCAAUUGGGAGAGGUUGAGCUGAUGGAAAUACAGAGACAGAAAGAAGAAUUAGAAAAAACUAUUCAAAAGAUGACCCAUGAGAAAGCAGAGCUGGAGGUCCUUAAGUCUGAGAUGGUCCAGGAAAAAAGAAAUCUGGAUCAGAAGAUGAAACAAGAAAUAAGAAAAAGGGAUGAGAUGGAAAUAAUAAAGGGUGAGAUAGAAAAGGCCAGAGAGGAGACUAAUAGAGAGAGACAAGAGCUGGAAGUAAUAAGGACUGAUGUUCAAAGUGCAAGAUAUGAUUUUGAACUCUUGGUGGAGAGAACUACAAGUGUACAAGAUGAGGAAAGUACAAACGCUGACAUCCAAAGAUUGAUUUUAGAGGUCGUGAAAAUCAGGGAGAUGGUGUGGAGCCUGAAGGUUGACAUGGAGAGCAGGAUGGAGGAAAGUGGGACUGAGACAGAUGAAAAGGCAAAACUAAAAUCUGAGCUGCAGAGGCUUAUUCAAGAUAUUGGACAAAUACGGAAAACACUAGGAAGCCUUAGAGAAGAGAUAGAAACCAUCAGAAGGGACAAACAUGAUUUGGAGAAGCUGAGAGAAGAACUUAUACAGAAGCAACAGGAUGAAGAAAAGAUGAGGGAAAUGUUGCAGAAAGAAAGAGAAGAACUGGAACAGCUAAAGAAUGAGAUAAACCAAGAAAAGGAAUAUACAGAGACAAAGAGAGAGAUGGUUAAGGUGGAAAUGGGCAAAGAAGAAAUAAAAAAGUUUAAAGACACUGAAAAAGUAGCACUUCAGAAGUCUAAGCAUGAACUCCAAAGGGUCACAGAGGAACUAUUUAGGAAACACAUGGAUCUGGAACAGGUGGGGAAAGAUAUAUUUAACCAAAGACAAACUAUGGAAGAAAUCAAAUCACUGCUUGAACAGAAAAAGACUGAACUAGAAGCAUUGACUUCUGAAAUAAAGGAUAAUAAUCAGAUACUGAAGGAACAGGGGAAUGAGCUGAAAGAGAGUGAUCGAACUUUACAGAAGAAGAAAGAGAUGCUUCAGAUGAUUAAUACGGAAAUACAAAGUAAAAUGGAAGACAUAGAAAAGGUGAAUGAAAAUGCAACGCAAGAGAUACAGAUCCAAAGAGGUGAAUUACAAAGACAGAGAGAUGAUGUUGAAUCUGUAAGACAAACUGUGGUAUUAGAGAAGGUUUGGUUAGAAGACAAACAAGCUGAAAUCAGUCAACAAAUGAAUGAGGUGAGGGAUGCCAUGAAAGCCAAUGAGACAGAAAGUAAAACUCUAGAGAAAAUAAGGUCUGACGUUGAAAAGCAGUGGAGUGAACUUGAAGAAAACUUCCAAAAUGCCACAAAAACUGAGAAGAAACUAAAGGAGAUGAGGAGUAAACUAAACAGAGAGAAAGAACAAUUGGAAGAAAUGAGGCACAUGGUCAGCAAAGACAGAGAUUUGAUUGAACGGGAGAAAACUGAUCUAACAAAAGAGAUAGAUAUCAUGAAGAAAAACAUUGAAAAGGAAAACACACAGCUUGAAGAUGCCCGUGCUGAGCUUCAGAAGAAAUCAGACAUCGCUGACAACAUCCUAAAAGAAGCCAACAGUGAGACGGAUAGAUUAACACACCUCAGUCGUACACUUCAGAUUCAAAGAGAGCAUAUAGAGAAGAAUCUUACAGAUAUAGUGAACAAGAAGAAAGAUCUUGAUGAAAUGAAUAAAAAAUUACAAGAUGACAAAAUACAACUAAUAAAUCACAAAGAUGCUUUGAAAAGGGAAAAGGCUGACCUGCAGCUUAGGAAAGAAGAGUUGCUGAGAGAAACGGAGGAACUGGAAAGUAAAAUAUUGCAACAUAGAGAAAAAGAGGAUAUGGCAAUACAAGAGUUUGAAAAUCAAAAAAAGGCUCUAGACCGCAUGAUGAUGGAUAUUUUGAACAAGAGAAAUGAAGUUGACGAAGAGAAGGAACGGCUACACUCAGAAAGACAGAAACUGGACAAACUUAAAACAGAAUUACAGGGAAAGGAAAAUGAGUUCUACAACAAAAUGCAAACGCUUAUGAAUGAAAAACAACAGAUGAAACAGACUCAAGAUGAAAUUCAAAACAUGGAGAAAGAGAAUAAAAUUAAACUGGAAAUAAAGGAAGCUGAAAUUAAAGAGCAAGAACAACAAUUAAUUAAAAUGGGCGAAACACUGAAGAAAGAAAGGAAUGACUUUAGAAAGCUAAUCGAAGAAGUACAGAAAGAAAAAGAGUUGACUGAUAACAGCAGAAAGUUGAUAGAUCAAGAAAAAAAAGAUAUAGAAAACACAAAAACAUAUAUUGAGGAGCAACUUCAAAACCUAGGAUAUGAAAAGCAAAAUAUACAAGAUGAAAAGAAAAAGCUUGAACAGAUCAAGGCAGAAUCAAAAGAGAUCCAGAACAUUAUCCAGAGGGAGAGAGAAUAUCAAGAGAAAUGUUGGCUGGAGAUUGAGGAGGAAAAGCAGAGAAUGAAAAAUGAAGUAAGACUGUUAGAGCAAAAGAGGGAUGAAAUUGACAGACUGCACAGAGAACUUGAAACAAGGAAAUAUCAGAUUGACACAGAAAUGGAAGAGCUACUUCGAAUCAAGAUAGAACUGGACCGCAAAAAAGAAGAAAUAAAUAUAGAUAACCAAAACAUUCAAUUUGCCAUUGAUGGGCUUCAAAAUACUAAAGCUGAGAUGCAGAUGGAAACAGAGAAAAUUAAGGACAUAAUAGAUGUUAACCUAAUAGAGAAAGAAAAAGUUAAAGACAUGAAAACCCAACUCCAAAAAGAAAGAGAAGAAGUGUACCGCUUGUCUGAAGAGAAUGAGAUGAAAAAGAGGGACCUUGAUACGAUAAUGAAGGAGGUGGAAGAACAGAUGCAAGAAAAUGAAAAAACAAAAAUGAAGUUUGAAAAGGAAAAGAGAGAGAUGGAAAGUAUUAAAAAUGAAAUUGAGAUGGAAAAGAAAGACCUGGAGAUGCAAAGGUUAGACCAAAAAGAGCUUGAUUCAGUAAUGAAGAGAGAUGUACAAAGAGAAAGGCUGGCUUUUGUGCAGAUAAAGGAUGAACUUUUUGCAGAAAAAGAAGCAAUAGAGAAAGAAAAGAAUAACUUGAUCACAACUAUGCAGCAAAUAGAAAUGUUAAGAUCAGAGCUAAAAUAUGAGCGAGAUGAAAAUGAGAAUAUAAAGAAAAACGUAAUUAUUGAGAAAUCCAACAUUGAGAAACAGCAGAUUGACAUACUUAACCAGUGGCAGAAGAAUGAUAAAACCAGGGAAGAAAAUGCUAAAGAGAGAGAACAUCUGGAAAAGAAGUGGGCUGAAAAAGAAGAACAAAAACAUAUGUUGGAGUUGAACAUGACAAAAAUGUUGGAAAAGAAACAGGAACUUGAUAAUUUAGGACAAGAGCUGCAGAAAUCCAAGGAAGAUAUUAAACAAAUGGAAGAUCAGAUGCAUAAUCAGAUUCAGUCAAUUGACCUUGAAAGACGAGUCCUGCCAGAAGCUGAAAUAAUGAGGGAACGUGAUGAAAUGAAGACCGCAAUGCAAACAAUGAUCAUUGAGAAAGCCAAGCUGCAGCAAAGAAUAGAUCAAAGUUUAAAAGAGAUACAAGAAGAAAGAAGUGAGUUAAAUGAGAUGAGGAGUAAACUCGAGGAAGAAAAACAACACGUAGAGGGAAAGAAGAACAUGAUAAAUACAUUAACAAGAGAGCUGGAACUCGUAAAAGCUGAGUUAGAAGAAAAACAGCAAGAGAUCCAAACUGAAAUGGACAAACUCCAAGAAGAGAGAAACCUGGUUGACCAGGUGAAGGCUGAGGUACAAAAUGAUUCUGACAGAAUAAAAGAUGCCUUUGAGGAGAUCAGGAAGGAGCGAGAGACACUUGAGAAGAUGGAGUCCCACUUAAAACUAAUGAAGGAACAGUGUGAUACUACAAUGGAAGAGGUACACAAGAAGAGGAGUGAGCUGGAAAAGACUGUCAUUGAGAUAGCAGAGCAAAAUCAAAAGAUUGAUGCCGAAAAACAGCUUCUGGAGAAAAUGAGAAUUGAUGUUGAAAGAGAAAGAUCAGAGUUACAAAGAAGAAGAGAAGACCUAGAGAUGCAACUCGUGAAACUCAAGGAACAGGAAGACAUCAAUAAAACAGCCAUGCAGGAGAAGGAAAAGCUUCUUGAACUGGAGCGUGAUGAUAUCUUGAAACAGAGAGAUGAAUUAGAAAAAGAAACAGAGCACAUGAUGAAAAAGUGGAAGGAGUUGGAAAUUUUUCAAAGAGAUGAAAUGGAAGAAAUCAAACGUGAGAUAGAGACUGAAAAAACAGAAAUGAAUCAACAGCAGCAAAGACUGGAUGAGACUAUGAAAGUGAUGAAUGAGGAGAGAAUUGAUCUAAAAAAGACGAAGAUUGAAUCUGAAGCACACAGACAACAAAUGGAGGAAGAGAUUAGAGUAAAAGCAGAGAUGGGGAGGGAAGAACUUCAUCGGGUAAAGAGUGAAUUGGAGAGAGAUAGGACUGAACUAGAUAAAAAGCAGCAGAAAAUGGAUGACAACUGCAAAGAAAUUCAACAGAUGAGGAAUGAUCUGAAGAAAAUGAGAUUUGAAAUAAUUAAACAAAAAGAACAAAUGGAAAAAGAUAUCAGAGAGGCAAUAAGAAAAGAGAGAUCAGAACUUGACCAGAAAAUAAAAGAGAUUGAUCGAGAAAAAGUUGAAAUUGAAAGAGGCAAAGAAACAGUUCUGCGGUUAAAUGAUAAGCUGCAACAGCAGAGAAAUUAUAUAAAAUUCCUACAAGAAAAAAAUGAACUUGAGAGACAAAAGACCAAUGAUGAAAAAGUCAGAAAACAGAAAGAAGCUGAAACAAUGAAUCAGACGAAAAUAGAAGAAAAAAGAAAAAGUCUUGAGCAGCUCAAUACUGAGAUCCUAAAACUAAAGACCAAAGCUGAACAGGAGCAACAUGAUAUAAAGCUAGAAAGACAAGAGUUAAAGUCAUUGCAAGAGCGAAUAAAUGAAGAAAAAGAGGAACUACAAGAAAGUAGAAACAAAGUCUUGACUGAAACAGCCACACUUGAGAUGAGAGCUGCUGAGAUCAACCAACAAGAGCAAAGUCUGGAUGAGAAUCUCAGAGACAUGAUGGAGGAGAAAAUGAAGAAAGAGAGAAGAGACAUUGAAAGAGAACAAACAGAACUGCAGAAAAGAGCUGAAGACCUGGAGCUUCAAAUGAUAAAACUCAAAGAAAAUGAAGAGAUGAGUAAAAUAGCAAUUGAUAAAGAGAGGAAAGAUCUUGAGCAAAAGAAUAAAGAAAUCUCAAGACAAAGAGAUGAAUUAGAGAAAGAAAGAGAAGACAUGAUGAGGAAGAGAAAUGAACUGAAGAUUCUUCAGAAGGAAAUGCAGGAAGUAAAAGAUGAGUUACAGUCUGAAAAGACUGACAUCAACCAACAGAAGCAAAAACUGGAGGAUAGUUUAAGAGCCAUGAAAGACGAGAGAAGUAAUCUGGAUAAGAUGACGAUUGAAUCUGAAAUACAAAAAGAACGAGUGGAGGAAAUAAGAAUAAAAGCAAAGUUGGAGAGGGAGGAACUUGAUCUGUUAAAGAAUGAACUGGAAAGAGAAAAACUAGAACACGACAAGAAUAAGGACAUCCUGAAUAAAGUGAAAGAGGAGUUUGACCGUGAACAACAGAAAAGGAAAGAUGAGAUGGAGCAGAUGAAUGUCAAUAUUAAGAAAGUUCUGGAAGAGAUAGAGACAGACAGAAAUACAAAUGCUGAAAUGAAAGCACAACUUCAAAGUGAGAAAGAUGAACUUGAUCAAAUCACAGAGGAAACAAAGAAGAAGAGAGCAGACCUGGAGAAGGAAUGGGCUGAAAUAGCAGCAGAGAGACAAACUCUGGAGGAAAAAAGCAAAACAAUUUUAAAGGUAAAAGAAGACACAGAAAAAGAGAAAUCUCUGCUUGAGGAGUUAAACAAUGAAUUAGAUAAUAAACAGAAGAAAAUAGACGAUGACCAGGAUGUGAUUCAACAGGGAAGACAUGAUAUGGAGAAGAUGAGGUCUGAAAUACUGACACAACAAGAGCAAAUGAGACAAAACCUCAGUGAGAACAUAAAACUAGAAAGAUCAGAACUUGACCUGAAAAUAAAAGAGAUUGAUCGAGAAAAGAAGGAAAUUGAAAGGAGCAAAGAAACAGUACAGAGGUUAAUGGAUGAGGUGGAACAGAAGAGAACUCAUAUAAAGCUCCAGCAAGAUGAAAUUGAACUUGAGAGACAAAAGAUAAAAGAUGAAAAAGAUGAAAUGGCUCAAAUAAAAACUGAACAGCAAAAAGAAAGUGAAAAAAUCAAAAACAUGGAGAAGGAAAUAAAGGCGGAGAGGAAAACACUGAAGGAGAUGAAAGCCCAUCUACAAAAAGAAGAAGAGAAAAUUGAGAGUAUCAUUGAAGAAACAAAGAUAAGAAAAGAGGAUUUAGAAAAGAUGAGCACAGAUAUAACUGAACAAAAACAGGAGCUGAAGUCUAACAGAGAUCUUCUGGAACAAGAGAGGAAAGAAAUAAAUGAUAAAUGGACAGAGCUACAGCAGAGAAUUGAUGAAUUUGAGGAUCAAGUCAGAAAACAGAAAGACGACGAGACAAUGAAACAGAUGAAAACAGAAGAAGAAAGAAAAAGUAUUGAGCAGCUCAAAACUGAGGUGCUGCAACUGAAGACCAAAGAUGAACAGGAGCAACAUGACAUAAAACUAGAAAGACAAGAGUUAAAGUCAUUGCAAGAGCGAAUUAAUAAAGAAAAAGAGGAACUACAAGAAAGUAGAAACAAAGUCUUGACUGAAACAGCCACACUUGAGAUGAGAGCUGCUGAGAUCAACCAACAAGAGCAAAGUCUGGAUGAGAAUCUCAGAGACAUGAUGGAGGAGAAAAUGAAGAAAGAGAGAAGAGACAUUGAAAGAGAACAGACAGAACUGCAGAGAAGAGCUGAAGACCUGGAGCUUCAAAUGAUAAAACUCAAAGAAAAUGAAGAGAUGAGUAAAAUAGCAAUUGAUAAAGAGAGGAAAGAUCUUGAGCAAAAGAAUAAAGAAAUCUCAAGACAAAGAGAUGAAUUAGAGAAAGAAAGAGAGGACAUGAUGAGGAAGAGAAAUGAACUGAAGAUUCUUCAGAAGGAAAUGCAGGAAGUAAAAGAUGAGUUACAGUCUAAAAAGACUGACAUCAACCAACAGAAGCAAAAACUGGAGGAUAGUUUAAGAGCCAUGAAAGACGAGAGAAGUAAUCUGGAUAAGAUGAAGAUUGAAUUUGAAACACAAACACAACAAAUGGAGGAACAAAUUACAAUUAAAUCCAACUCGGAGCGAGGGGAGCUUGAUCUUGAGGAGCUUGACAUACCUGGAUCGACUGAUCAACACGAGGAUGAAAUUGUCUCUCAAAGAGAACAGAUGAAAAGGGAAAGAGAUGAUAUCAGCAAACACCUAUCUGAGAUUCAAAGAGAAAGGGAGGAGCUAGAAAGAAACAAAAAUAUCCUACAAAGUCAGAGAGAGGUUCUAGAAAAGAUGGAGAGCAAACUACGGACAAAGAGGCAGGAAGUCAUUUUAGUUAGUUGUGUGACACAAACUUUACUUUCUGAUUUAGAAGAUACAGGAGACAUUUCACUCCCUCAGGAAAUGAUUCCUGAAAAACAAACAGAAAAACAUAAGGAAUACACAACAAAAGAAACAGUAGAGACAACAACUGAUCAGAAAAUGGAGAAAAGCCUGACUGAGAAUAUACAAAAAGAAAAUAUUGAGCUAAAAAUUGAGCAAGAGGCUGAAAUAGAGGCUAGCAGAGAGGACACUGCAUUAUCUCCUUCGACAAUGGAAAGUGACAUAGCAGUUAAGUUGGCAUUUGAGACACAUGAAACUGAUGGUCUUACUGAGAUGUUAAACAUCAAGAGAAUGGAACUCAGAAAAACAAGAACUGAUCUUCAAAGAGAGCAGAAAGAAGUUGAGAAAAUGAGACAAGGAAAGAAAUAUCUGGAAGCACAAACAGCACAUCUAGUGAAUCAACGUGAAGAGUUAGAAAUAACCAAAGAAAAGAUGAAGAAAGAUAUUGAAACAUUUAAUGCAGAGACUAGGAGCAAACAGGAGAGAAUAAAGGAUCUAGAAGUCCAACUUCAAGCAAAGCUAGGAGAAAUGAGAACCAUCUCAGAUGAGACAGAAAUGAGAAGAGAGGAGCUGGAUUUGAUUAAAACAGAAAUAAAAAGAAAGAGAGACACGGAAGACACCAAAGAGACACAGUUUGAGUUACAGACGGUCAACAAAGAUGAAAUACAGUACCAGAAGGAGGCAUUGAAGAAAGAACGAGAUGAAGUUGAAAAAAUGCACAAUGAAAUUCACCAUAAGCAAAAAGAAUUGGAGAUGCGUCUGACACUACUGGAUUCAGAAAAGGAUGAACUGAAUAAGACGAGGGCUGACCUGGAAACACAAAAACAGCAAUUAGAGCUUAUCCAACAAACCAUCGAGACUGAAAAAGAUGAGCAGAAACCCAUGUUAAGAAGAGCAGAGGACACAAAGAGCAUUUUGGAAGUAGUCGUAAAAGAAGAGAAAAGGAAAGAAGAAAUGACAACCCAACUUUCCAAAAAACAGGAGGAGCUUAAAAACAUUAUGAAGGAGAGAAGUAAACGGAUGGAUGAGAUCAAAGUGAUGGAUCAGGAUAUUAAAAUCAAGCAAGACGAACUGGAAUAUGUUAAAAGUUUGACACAAAAAGAGCUGGAUGAGGUAGAGAUGAAGAAAGAUGAAAUGGACAGAAUGAGGAAUCAAACUGACAUGGAAUGGGGAGAAAUACAGAAAAUAAAAGAAGGGUUGGAGAAAGAAAGGAUUGAACUGGAGCAAAUGAAAGCAGACUUACAGAAAGAGGAACAGCUGAUAAUUGGAAAAACAAAAACACAGCAAACCGAUGCAGAAGUGCAGUAUGAGCAGUAUGAUGAUGCUCAGGACUCACUGAGGAAAAAGGAAAUAGAGAAGAUCAAUGCAGACCUCGAUAACAAGCAAAGAGAGAUUGAGAACAUGAGGGAAAUGAUAAUAAAAUACAAGGAUGAGUUGAAACAGAAACAAGCUGAAAUGCAGCGAAUGACGGAAGAAACAAUGAAGACUGAAUCAAUCCUCAGUGAAACCAAGACACAGAAGGAAGACUUGGAACAGAUGAAUGCUUAUUUGAUCGGGAAAAACACAGAACUGGAUAACAACUGCCAACUUCUAGAAAGAGAAAAGACAGAAGCGGACAAAAGAUUGUCUGCAUUACAAGAUGUGGCGAAUGAACUGCAUGUUAGGUUGAAGGAUUUAGAAGAAAAGUUCAAGCUAGUGGAUAGAGAGGCAGAGAAGACCACCCUGGAGGAAACCAAGGAUGAAAUAUCAAAAGAGCGAGAGAAAAUUAAAAAAGAAAAUGAAGACUUGAGAAUGAGAAGAGAUGAGUUGCUGCAUAUGGAACAAGAAAUUCAAAAUCAGACAAGAGCCUUAGAAGAAAUGAAGAAUGAAGUGGAAAAGACUGGAAUGGCACAACACAAGGCGGAGCAAACACAAGCAAUAGAAGAAACCUUGAAAGUCUCAGAAAGCAGAAAGUUGGAUAAAGCACUGGUGGUCACUGAAUUUUCCAGACAAGACGAAGAAGCCCAACUGAAAGAUCAGUUACUUAAAGAGAAAGAAGAUGUUGAAAGCAUGACAGAGAGAAUAAAUAGAAAGAUGGAGCAUGUUGACAAGAUGCAUUCCCAGUUAGAUGGAAGAAACCAAGAGAUAGAGUUUGAAAAGCAAAAACUAGAAGACAGGAGGAAUGAACUCAGCCAGAAAGAGACUGAGAUUGAAGAAAAGAAAACUGAUCUUGAGAAAAUGAUGGAGGAAUUACAAAGAGAGAGAGAAAAAUUAAACACUAUAGCAAUUCAACACCAAAAAGAAAGAGAAGAGAUUGAUUUAGUAGCAGAGGACAACAAACGGAAACAAGUGACUGCAGAAGACGAGGUUCAAAAACAACUACAAGACAUAGAAAACACCAAGUUCAGGUUGGAAAAGGAGAAGAAUGAGAUGAAGACAGAGAUAAAUUUCAAAAAGGAAGAACUAGAAAGAUUAACCAGAAGACAGCAAGAGGAGUUUGAAAUCAAAGAGAGUGACAUACAACGUGAAAGGAAUGCUUUGGAAAAGAUGAAUUUUGAGUUGGUAAGGCAAAUCACAGAAAUGGAAAAUGACAAAGAAGAUAUACGACUCCAGAAAGAGAAAAGAACUAUGUGGGAGUCACAAAUACAGAAACAAAAGGAUGAGACUGAGGAGCUGAAGAACAUCAUAGAAAGAGAGCAGAUCGAAAUACAACAACAAAAACAAGAGAUGGAAAGAAUUCUGCAAACCACCAGGACCGAGAUGCAACUAAGAAAAGAAAUCGAACAACAGAGGAUAGAAAUGAUACAUAUGCAAGAAAAACUGACUGAGGAAAAACACGAGCAGGAUCGCAUAAAAACUGAGUUACAAUCAGAAAGGCAGCGAGUCGAAGAAGACAGGCAGAUGCUGAAACAGUCAAUGAAUGAAAUAGAAAAUACAACAUCUCAGUUGAACAGAGACAUGGAAAAAAUUACCACAGACAAACAAAAUAUUCAAGAUGAAAGAUCUUCCCUGGAAGAGCUCAAGGCUGGUUUACAAAGAGAUGCUGAGAACAUUGAAAAGCUUAAAGAGGAAAUAAAGCUUGAGAAGCAGAGAACAGAGCGAACAGCCUCUCGAAUCAAUAAAGACAAAGUGGACACUCAGAAGAUGCUGGAGGACGUAAGAAGAAAGGAAGAAGAGCUCGACACCAUUCACGCUGAAAUACAAAGACAGAAAGAGGUGGUGGAGUCUGAUCUGUUGCUACUUCAGACACAAAGAGACGACAUAGAGAAUAGCAAAAAAGAGAAUGAGAUUCUAAGAGAGAAUCUUGAAAAACAAAAGGUGAAGAAUGAAGAGGAACUGCAAAAAGAGAGACAGGCUUUGGAAGAGAUGAUUUCUGAUAUGGCAGAGCACAGAGACAACGUGGAAAACAUGUGGAAUGAAAUAAGACUUAAAGAAACUGAACUGACAAACAAAGAGAGAGAACUUGACAUAUGGCAGAAAGACAUAGAUGACAUAAGAAACACUGUCACAGAUGAGAAAAUACAACUGGAAGAGAGACAAAAUGCUUUGGAUCAACAGCAAAAAGCGGCCGAUCAAUUGAUUGAUGAAAACAAGACUAAGCAAACUGAUCUGGAACAUCACAGACAACAACUACAAGAGAGCAUCAAGGAGUUUGAAAGCAAGAGGGAUGAUGCUGAACAAAUGACCAGAGUGCGAGAGAUCAAAGAGCUUGAGAAAAUCAUGGAGGACACUGAGAUGGAAAAGGAACGAGUGGAAAAAAUGGCACAAAAUUUUAAAAAGGAAAGAGAAGAUCUUGACAGUCGAAGUGAAGAUUUCAAGAGACAUAAGGAAGAACUGCAAAGUCUGAAUGUUGAGAUAGAAAAGACCAAACAAGCAAUGUCAGACAACAAAAAGAUAAUUCACAAUACGGAGCAGAAAAAGACAAAUUUAUUGACAGAGCUUAAUGAACUUGAAGUUAAGAUUAAAAGUAAGAGAAAAGAAGUAGAAAGUAUGAUGGAGGAAGAAAAGCAGAUCCAAGCUACUCUACAAACAGUAAAAGAUGACACUGAAGCAGACCAGACAGCUGUGAGACUAGAACUGCAGGUGGAUCUACAGAAACAAAGGAAAGAAUUAGAAGAACUGAAAAACAAAGGCGAUGCAGAGAAAUGCCAGCUUGAAAAAAGACAAGCCAUGUUAGAUGAACAGCAACAGGUAGCAGAAGACAUCAUGGCAGUGAUUGAACGAGACAGAGAGAAGCUCGAGAAAGAGAAGUCUGACCUUGAUAACACCAGACAAAUCCUAAACGAAAAUGUGCAGAGGGAACAGCAAAAACUCGAGAAGCUUAAAGAUGAUAUAGAAAUAGACAGAGAGAACAUCGAACACAGCAAGCGGAUCAUUGAAAAUGAAAAAGAUUGUAUCGUAAAAGACAGAGAUGAGUUAAAUGCACUGAAGGAAGAUAAUGAAUUCUGCAAACAGAGCAUACAACAUGAGAGAUAUUUGCUGCAACAAGAAAAGGACCUGAUACAGAAAGAAAAAGAGAAUAUGAAAGAAAAGAUAGAAGAAAAAAUUAAAACAAAGAAGGAAAUAGAAGUCAUGGCUAUCCAAAAUUUCGAGCAUAAAAUGGAAUUGAAAAGUCUCACAGAGCAAACAAACCGAAAGAUAUCUGAACUGGAGAUGUUAAACAAAGAAAUUGAAGAAAAGAAACAGAAGGCUGAAAUGAAACACUUGGCAGAAGAAACUGAUGCUGAUGUUCCUAUAGACAAAGAAAUGGUGCAGGAACCAAAGACAGAUGUACUCCAGACGUAUCAACAGGGACAGAUAAAGACCAUAUUAAUUCAUGCUGAGACACAAACAUCUUACGGUGACAUGACGAAAGAAGAGGACGGAAGACAAAAAGAAUUAGAAAAAGAAACUGAAGCCACAAAAACACAACCUACUGAUUCUAUUGUAAAAAAGAUAGAAGACUCACGCACGUUUAAAAUGCCAACAGAGAGCCAAGAAAGUCGGCGAUCUUCAAAGGAAGAAAAAGAAGAUUUGAGAAUGGAGACAACAAUGGAGAAGAAAGAGAAACUGGCAUAUGCAACAAUUGAGAUUGAAAAGAAGACAGAUGAUGUUGAAAGUACAAUGAAGAAAGCCAUGUGUGAGAGGUCAAGAGAUGAGGAAAAACUGCUUAUACUUACACAAGACAAGGAGGCGUUAUCAAACAUCCUGGAUGAGAAAAAUAAGGAAAUAGAGACUAUAAAGUUAACAUUCCAGAGAGAGAUGGAAGAACUGGAGAAGACGAUGGCGACAAUAAAAGAAGAAAAGGAAAAGGUGGAGGCUGAAAAUGAGUCACUUCAACAAAUGCAAACGGAAGUACAACAGGAGAUACUCGAGAUCGAGAGAGAAAAGAAGGUGAAGGAAACCAAUGAAAUUAUACAUGAAACAUUCUCAGUACAAGACACUGAAGACGUCUCAGACAUGGAAAAGACAGAUGUUGACCACAGUCCCACAAGAGACAGAGUAAGACAAUCAAAUGCAGAGACACAAAUUUCCACACCUGACUACACCCAACAUGAAGCACUUCAAUUUACACAACAUGCAGAUGACGUGACACUAGUACAAGAUGAGCAAAAUAUCAAUCAAUCUGAAUCUGAAUUACAGAGGAAAAAAGAUGAAAUCGAGAAGAAAAUGAAAACGAUACAAACCACCAUCCUUGAGCUUGAGGAAGCAAAGGCAGACCUGCAAAAAAGGAGGGAUGAAUGUAGAGAUGCUGAAGAAACAAAGUUGGAGAUCACGGAGAGCAUCGAGAAGCGUAGGAAGAGUCUAGAGAAUGUUUAUGCUCAGGUCCUAAGACUCAGAGAGGAGACAGAGCAUCUAACACAAGCAUGUCAAGGCAAAAGGAGUGAACUGGAGCAAACAGAAGCCGACCUACAAAAACAGAAGAUGAGGACUGUAAAGACUCAACUCGACACUGAUACACAUGAAGACAAAGUAGUAAGUCAAGAGACACAAACUGAAGACCAGAAAGAGCAUCCAGAAACAAUAGAUAGUGGUGCUCUAUCGCGGGGAGAAGAAAUCGAGUCAAUGAAAAAGAGAAUACAGGAGAUGAAAAAAGAACUUGAAAACCGAUUAAAAGACAUCCAGAAGAGUGAAUUGGAAAAGCUCGGCACACAACGAGAAAAAAUUGAGCUGGGGCUAAGAAAAGCAGAGAUUGAGAAAUAUAAUGAAGCCCUCCAGCGUGAACAGGAGACGGAAAGACUGAAAAUCAUGGAAAGAGAGAAGGAGAUCAUUCUGUUAAGGGAAUGUUUGCUGAUGGAGAUAAAUCAGUUGAGGAGCGAAGGGACCUCAACAAGUACACAGCACUUGGAGAGGAUGGAGCACCUCAUCUGUGAUAGAGCUGGGAGGAUGGACAGAUCGAGACAGGUGACGGACAGAGCCGUGCAAACACUGAUGAUGGAGAGAGAAGAAGAACAGACUCGUAGAGAUCAGCAGGUGGAAGUAUCUGGAAGGGUGGAGCUUUCUCUGGACGUCUGGGAGGAGGAUAGACAGGAAGGACUUAGAGCAGAAUCACAGAACCGAGGGGCAGUCGCUGGGUCAGGUUCACGAAGGAGGAGAUUACUGCACUGGAUCAGACGCCGAUGCUGUUGCUGCUGUCCCAGAAAUCCUAGACACUUUGAAGAGGAAGAGCAGGACAUUUUAUAAGCACAGGACUUGUCUAUAUACUGUAUAGCAGGGUUCCUCAAUAGGCGGCCCGCGGGGCCACGUCCGGCCUGCAAGUGCAUUUUUUUGGCCCGCUGGAAAAAGUGUGUUCAGUUUCAUUUGGGUCGAGCGGCUCGAUAGCGCACAAAGCACUCUGAUCUCGCAUAGCUCUCGCGGUACUCUGUUAGCCAAUCACAAUGCUGGCGCGAAAAUGCAAACUGCGCAGCUACAUUGACAGUUAAAUCAUGACAAGCGGUGACAGCGAAAUCAUGGCGUGUGUGAAAAAGAGACACAGGAAAUAUUUUCCGAGCUUUACUGGAGGAAAUGUCUGCAGAACGGCACGAUCUUUUGCUGCACAAUGAUAUCCGGUGUCUAAGCAAGGGUCGUGUGCUGGAACGAGUGUGUGAACUACAAAAUGAACUUUGUAAAUUUUUAAGUAGCAUCCACAGUCAGAAAGCAGAUAAUUUUUUGAGGUUUUUGAACGACAGCACAGAGAUGGGAUACGUGAGUUUUUUGUGCGAUAUCAUGUCUCAUCUAAAUCAGCUUAAUUUGCAAUUGCAAGGCAAGAACCACACUAUUGCAGACAUGCACGAAGUUGUUGAAGCUUUUCGUUUAAAACUGACUCUUUUUGAACGGGAUCUUCAAGGAAGGAAGCUACACUUUCCACACUUGCAACAGCAUUGCGAAAAACACCGUAUGCGAGAGGACCCGCUAAUGCGCGACUACUGGCAGAUAAUUUCAAGGAGCGAUUUGGAAUUUCUCAUUCUCUCAUUGAAUGGAAAGCGAAGAAAAUAGAUCGAGUGUGGAAUGAACAGAAAGUGUUGAUAUGGAUGGAAAACAUGAUCCCGAUUUUUUUUCUUCAUUCAAUUUUAUGAUUCUGCAACAUAAUGUUUUUUUUUAGCAAUACAAAGUAAUGUUUAUGUAUUGUAAUGUUACUGUUUGAUCAAAACUGAGAAAAUAGAACUAAUAAAAAAAAUAUUUUUAUAUUGUGACUUUUUUAAAACAACAGCAAAAGCAAUAAUAAUAACAACAAUAAUAUUAGCAGAAAAAACAUUGCAGUUAUUAAAUUAUAGUUGGUGGCCCUUGACUUUCUAGUGUUGGUAGAAUUUGGCCCUUGGUGAAAACUAAUUGAGGAACCCUGCUGUAUAUAAACAAGCUAUUUCCAAAAUUAACUAUUUAUAUUGAUUUUAAUAGCAUUAUGUGUGAAUGCAACAUUUCAAUAAUAUCUACUAAAGAUCUUAUAGAGACUACUAAUACCACAAAGCAUACUGCAUAUUUAGUCAUAGUGCCGAAGUUAUUUACAUUGCACCAAAUGCCUUGCUGUUACAUAUUUCAUGAUGUUUAUCACAGUUCGUAUUAUCCAAUAGAUGAUAGCGUUGCAUUUUUAAAACACAUCACAGAUAUUUGCAUUAACCAGAAUAGACUAAUGACCGAAUGCAUAUUUCAUGAACGCAUACAUCUAGAUGAAUGUUUAGUUCAUAUCAUUAGCAUAAUAUAUGUUAAUUGCAUUUGUGUAACUGUGUGUGUGUGUGUGUGUGUGCGUGCGUGCGUGCGUGUGUGUUUGUGUGAAUGGUGGUGUUUUCCCUCAUCUGUAAAACAUGUUGGGAAAUGGAGCAAUGAAUGCCAAAAUGAUCCACAUUAUUUAUCUAUGCAAAUGACUGUAAUUAUAAUUGUGUGUUGGUUUGUAUUCUGAUCUUCCCUUCUGAACAAAUCUUCCGGGAACUGAGAUGUUGGGCUCUCUUAAUUGGAAACUUUGGAAAUUACGUGAACCUUCAGGGUGUGUGUGAAAAAGCAAAUGUCUCUUACAGGCAAUACGCACAUUUCCUUAGGGGCGCAUGAGAACGCAGAUGAACGUGAGAGGGCAGUGUCACUGCACCAGCAUCAGUGCUCGGGUCAUCUUUGUUGUGUUCACAUACUUGCGGCUCCACAUUGAAGGGAAUGAUGCAGAUGUGUUGUCCCUGUUUAAAGCGGAUCACAGAAGCUGCUGUGAGCGGUGCAUUCUGUGCCGGAAGGUUAAAUACUGUACAGGGCUGUUGGCUUGAAGAGUUUUUCAAAUUUCAUCUUUAAUAGUAGGCUAAUACUUUAAGUCCAUUAAGAGUUUCCAACCCUCAAAAACAUCGAGUAAAUAUAGUUUUAAUUUGAUAAACAAUGUGAAAAAAUAUAUAGGCCUAAAUAUACACACAUAACAAAUAUUUUUCCAAGUACUGUCUUGAGUUUGUCUCACAUAUGCU